UUUACAAACAAAUUCGAGUCCGUUUCGUAUUUUUCGCGAUUAGCGGCGAUGUAGGAAAGUCGUAAGUGGCGAUGGCAGUAAGGUCGGUUUUCGCGCGCACGCAGCGCCUACCCGGCUAAAUUAAAAGUGCCCGCCGAGAGCCCUUCGUCGCUGGGACCGAACGCGCCGCUAAAAUAGAUCGUAUUGUACAUAGAAAAUUGUGACAGCUCGGGACCGUCACAAGAAAAUAAUGUCGUUUUUAUUACAUUUUUUGAUAAAUUAUUAUUCUAGUUUCGGUUCGGCGGCGUUCCAACGGCCUUAUCGAUUUUCCUAUUUAGCGCGCUAUCGUAUUUUAUACAUUUUCGAAAGGUCCGCCGCGCGUCUAUGCGCUUUCGAAAAAUAUUUUACAAGUAUUUUCUCGGCGGCGAACGGACGUCGAGUGCGGUGCCGUAAAUUGGUAAUAAUUCCGUUGAUUACACAGUAAUAUAGUGUCCGAAUAUGGGUUAGUGGUGAUGAAUACGGACUCGACGAGCGUUGACUUCUGUGAUACAAUCCUAUGAAAAAUGUUUGUGUUUGUGCAAGUUUUUAGUGCAUAGUUGGUUGAUAGUUUGUGCCUGGUGCAUUCCGAUUGUGAAAGUGCACGGCUUGUGUUAUUGUGCGUCGGAUGCUGCAGCUGUGGCCAUAGACCUGGCUGCACUUUGCUCACCUGAUCGGUCACUCGUACCAUACCACCGGAAUAAACAUUCCAAAAUAACAAAACAUAUGUACCUAAAACUGAAAUUAUAGAUUUAAGACUAGUAUUUAAAAAAGGUUAGACCAAAAUUCUUAGCCAAACCCUUUUCUAUCGACACUGAUGUGCUGCCGUUUUCAGACCAAAGUUUUAACAUUUAUUUAUUUUUGGCCAUCGACGAGUUUUUGAAGAUGACUCCUCAACAGUAUUGCUUGAGGUGGAAACACCACCACACCAAUGUGCAGAAUAUGUUUGCUCAACUCCUCGAAAAAGAACGGUUCUGUGAUGUGACGCUGUACUGCUCGCCGAGUUUCGCGACACAGGUCGGUGGCAAGGACACCGUGGAGCCACAGAACAUACGGGGAGUCUCUCUCAGGGCACACAGGGUGGUGUUAGCAGCCUGUUCCGAGCUGCUGGGCGCGCUGCUAGGAGCUCACGAGGCGCAAGGAGAGCCGGUGCUGGUGAUCGAUGGAGCCGAGCCACGGCAUCUGAAGGCGCUGCUCGACUACAUGUACACCGGGGAAAUGAAUGUGCACCAUUCGCAGCUGGCGAGUCUACUGAAGACUGCCGAGGAGCUCCGCAUCAAGGGCCUCACAGACAUACGGUGGAACAACAAGGAUGAGCCGCCCGACUCCGAAGCAGGUACUGAUAUACUAGACAUACAUAUUUUAUGGUACAAGGGCCUCACAGACAUACGGUGGAACAACAAGGAUGAGCCGCCCGACUCCGAAGCAGUAACAACAGCGACGCCCACGGAUUCCAAGCCUGUAGACAAGGUGCCGGAACCGAAACCAGUACCGAAACCCUCUCCCAAGGCGACCCCCUCCCCCAAAGCGACCCCCUCCCCCAAAGCGACUCCUGAACCGGAACCCAGGCCCAAGAAAGAGGAGACGAGUGACGGAGAAGCUAAAGGGGAGAAAUUUAAUGUUAAUGGAGGUCCACCGCCGCUAAUAAAGUUGCCAGUCAAAGAGAAACUAAGUCCGGCCAAACGAGAACAUUCUGAUUCAGAAAGUACAAGUCCGAAAAGACAGCGAAUAGCGAGCGGUACUGAACAUACGGACGAUGAAAUGCCUAGUAGUGUACCUAAAUCAGAAAAGGAAAAAGAAAGAGACAGAGAGAAGGACCAAGAAUGGCGGUAUGGGAACUUACAAGUAUAUGAACCUCAGGACAUCACUGCGGAGAGGGUGGUGGGUUGGGGCAUGCGGUCGGCUUCACGGUCUACCUCCAGGGACCCCUCGGAUGAUGAGUGGGCCGACGCCCCCGCCGAUAUAGGAUCCUUCCUGCAUACCAAACUGAGGGUCGACGGCGAUAAUAGUGCGGACGAGGAAUCAAACGAGAGUGUACCGACGCGGCUGUCGGCGGCGGCAUCGUCAACGUCAUCGUCAGUGACUGCAUCAGCAGUCUCCGCCACGGAACUUAGAGCUGAACUUGCGAAGGCACAGCUAUCACAACUUAAUAGAAAUCCAGCUCCGAAGUCCGGCCCCACGGACCCGCGGUUCACGGACGUGGUGAAGCUGAGCGACUACCUGCAGCACGGCAGGCGGCCGCAGUUCUGGGAGGAAAACUAUGUUAAAAGGGUGAUGGAGGCGGUCCGCCUGAAAGAGUUGGAGAUGAAGCAGGCGGCGGAGAUACUGGGAGUGAGCUACGGCACUCUGUACGGGAGGUACCGAGACGUGUACGGCUGUAUCAACCGACCUUACCGAAUAAUAAAUGGUAGUUCCUCCCCCCAUCUGACCCCCAGGGCUGUGAGAGACUUCUGGCAAACCAAGGGUCCGUCCGAGGUGCUGGACCGGCUUCAAAGGGGGGAGAUGACGUUGGACGCCGCCGCCCAGUCUCUUGGAGUCAGCAUCGCCAAUCUAGCUGCUCAUUUAGCGGACUUCGGAUUGCCGGAGAAAGAUUUCGAGCCGAUCCCAAUAGAGAUGGACCCGUCCCUGAAGGUACGGUCGCGUACAUACAGCGCCAGCGGUGCGUCCGUCAAGUUACGGAAGCCGCCACCCCCACCAGCCACCGCUACCACCCCCACCCCUGUAGCUGGGGAUAAGCCUAUAAAGAAGAUAGUGAUCGGCUCGGUAUCGGACGAGGAGACGAUCCCCGCGACGGUGAUAUCCACGCACGACGCCAAGCAGACGCCCGCGCCCACUGCCACUACUACUUCAGGCAAAUGGCCAACGAUAAGAGUGGCGAGCCUGGACUCGUUACGGGGGGGCGAAGUCCCGGCGCCGUGCGCCCCCGCGCCCCCGCCCCCAGCAUCUCCCUCCGCCCUCAUGCGGACGCGGCCCGACCUCACCAUCGUCGCCGCGCGCCGCCCCGACCACAAGCAAGAAGAGGAGGACACUACGUGAUGUAUAAAUAAUAAUAAUUAUAAAAAUAUAGUUUAGAAACUAAAAUAGACCCGCGCUUUGUGAUUUCCUUUAAAUUUAUACUCUGUAAACUUUCCCGCCGUACUCAGAUACGUUUAAUGAUUACUUAAACUGUUGCUUAGUAAUGAUUUUGUUAAGAAAACAUUAGUGGUGGUAACGGGGUAUGAAGAUUAAAAAUCUAUUUAGUCCGUCAGUUAGGUAAAGGAAAAAUAUUUAGACACGUAUUUUUUUUAUUAUGUCGGAUAAGAUAUCUUUGGAAGUAUUUGUUUCCGUAAGAAAAUAAAAUAAAAUAAUACGUGUGUAAUGGUUUUAAAAUAAUCUACAAGACGGACAUUAUAAUAAGAAUUAGUCAUCUACCCUAUUAUUAAGGACUGGGUUAAGUAACCAUUAAAUGAUUGAGGCAGAUUUUCCGUUUUUUCUCAUUUGUAACGUUCAAUUUUGAUGACAUUUUCACGUCGAUGUUAUCAUUAUGAUAUAUUUUGUAUUGACAGCGUAGCAAGAUUGACAUUUUAGUACCAAUAUGGUACUUGUGUAUGAGACAGCGGGCGCCCAAAAGGUGCUUGCGUAGGCCGCUCGUUUAAUCCGUCUUUGGAUGCUUUUCCACCAGAGAUGUCCUAUGCUAUGAGGAUGGAAUAGCUAAGCUGUGAAACUAUGUGACCGUUUUCACUGAUACUAAGCUAUGUAGCUGUGCGAGGAAGCACAGCGCGAGUAGGGAAGCCAUCUUUUCAUAUAAAAACAUAGCUAAGCUGAGUCCGUUUCCACCCGUGCUAAGUUAUGAAUAUGAUUGGUGGAAGCCAAACGCAUCCACAGCAACGUAGCAUAGCACAUCUCUGGUGGAAAUGCACCUUGACACUACUAUAAUAGCACUAUGCAGGCAAUUGUCAAGUUAUCAUGCCACAUAACGCCAUUUCUGGCAUGAAUUAUUUAGUAAAUUAGCAAAAUUUACAAAGUAUAUAACCUAUAAGAGGCUGAUGUACAUAAAAUUAAUGUUUUGAAACUCCUAAAUAAUUGGUUUAGCGUCAUUUCUCGAGAAAUAAUUAAUUAUAUUUUGUUUUAUAUGUAACAUAGAUAAUUGUAAGUAUUAUAAAUAUAUAAUUUUAAACGUAUAUAGGGUGACUGGUAAUUAGUGAACGAUAUUUAAACACGUGAUUGUACUCAUGAUUACAAACAACUUUCUUAUAGAAAGUUUUUUUGUAAUAAGUAUAUAUUUUUUUCACAAUAUAACAAAAACAAAAUACCGAAAACGCCGAAUCGUGCGCCUCGCUGCUAACAGCUGUUCAUGGGAAAUCGCACGCGCGCGAAAUUUUGGUUGUUUUGUUAUUGUGAUAAAAAUAAAACUAAUGAGUAUACAAACAAAGUUUCUUCGGGAAAGUUGUUUGUAAUCAUGAGUACAAUCACGUGUUUAAAUAUCGUUCACUAAUUACCAGUCACCCUAUAUACUAUAUUAUGUUUAAACUACUAAGGCGCGGGUCAAAUCCUAAUUAAUUUAAAAAUUAAGCUACGACCAAACCUUUAUAAAUAUGAAUACUUAGAAAAAUAUAUAACUUUUUUCAUAUAACUGAAAAUUAGUUAUAUUUGUCAACUUUAUUUAAUUAUUAAUAAAAGUAAAUAAGACCACUUUUCAAAUCUCACGAUAUAUAAGUACCUAAUAUAUAUGUUUAUAUUAUUAUAAUAUACAGUGUAGUCCGUUUAGUACGACUUCGCAUAUAGCAACCAACCGUUUUUAGCGACGAAAGUUUAGGCAUUUGUUUGGUUUUAGUAUAAACUUGCAUAAAUAGACAUUCGUUUAUUACGACUCCGCUUACAACGACCAUCCGCUUUUAACGACCGAAUUUCACACAUAAUUGUCCGGUUACAACGACACAACGACGUAUUUACAAAUAAUUCAUAGAAAAGAAUGAAAUAAAUGAAUAGUUAUCUCAGGUAUCGCUCCGCGCGACGUCUCUGAUUGGAAAUUAACUGUUUAUUUUAUGGCAGUACGAAUUUGUAGGUAAUUCCAAGUGACGCGAUAAAACGCGAAACGCAAAAAUUACAGUCUUUUGCAUAAAUUUUUAGUUCUUAGAAUAGAUUUACACUUACAUAUAAGAAAGCGGUACGUUAUGUACGUACAUUACACAUCCUUACAUAAUUUGAAAAAUUAAUUAUUUUUAAUUUAACUAUUUUGAUUAAAAUGAGUUUUUUUAUCUGCUCAUCACCUAAACGGGCAUUUAACUUUAAUAUCUGUUAUAUAAAAACAAACUUUUUUCUGUUCGUUUAAUACGACUUCCGGUUAGUACGACGUAAAGUCACCGGUCCCUUGGCAGUCGUUAUAACCGGAUUCUACUGUAUUAUAUAAAAAAUAACAACACAGAUAUGUAGUCAUAACUUUUUUAUUUAAAUAUUCAAUUAUAUUUUAAACGACUUCAAAAAUGGGAGGUUCUCAGUUUGUAUGUAUGUUUUAAUGCGGUUUUCGGCAUAGUAUUUUUAAAACUUAGGAGAAUGUUUUAAGUAUAUUAUCUGACUUAAAAACGUGAAGGCGGUUAAGAAUAUUGAAGAAAAUAGGCUUAGGACAUCAAAAUCGGUUUAGCCAAACACGCCAAACCGUGCACAAUCAUACAUACAGGUGAAAUUAAGAACCUCCUUUUUUGAAGUCGGUUAAAAAUUUUAUUUAUUUCUUCUAAAAAUCCUUUACUCAUUCUAAACCACGAUUUUUUGGAUAUUUAAAUAUAAAAGAAUGACUCGAACUAAUUAUAAUACUAAGUUAAAUAUAAAUUAUUAUUUUAAUUUACUUAUCGACUGGAUAUUUUAAAAGGGCUGUUGUUUUAAAUCUACAUAUAUACAUAUUAUAAUAAGAAUAAUCCUUUAGUUUAUACAAUAGAUUAGUUUAAAUAAAACACAUAUAGAAAAACCUCUUUCGUAGAUACUCGCACAUAUACACACAUAUAUACAGUAUGGAGAUCACUCAUAUGACUUAAAUGAAACUACAAGUAGUACUCGUCCACAGAAGUAUAAUACAACUUAAUAUUUCAACGAAAACUAACAAUUUUCAAACAAAAUAAAUCAAGUAUUAAAUUCUGUGUGAACAGCUCCAUGUUCCUUGACCACAGAAGAGCUGUAAUGUUGUAGGUUGUCUAGGAAUGUUACGGACAUGUGGCGCGGCUGUUGCAAUGCCGUAUUUGUAAAGAGUGUUCAAAUUAGUUUAAAGAGAAUAAUGCACUUUUUGGCUUACCUACUGGGCCUAUUUCGCUCAUUUUUCGUAUAUCGUCAGCUAAGAUGAUAACAAAUAUGUGGUUUAAAUUAAGUCAUAAGAGUUUUCUCUAUACGGUACCGUAACAUCGGGUUUCUUUGACCCUAGAGGGUAACUUUGACCCAAACUUAUAGACCAAUGAAAAACUAAUAUACGUUUUGUUCUGGAUUCCUAUUGGUUGUAGAAUGUGGGUCAAAGUUACCCGAUGUUACUAAAAAAAUCAAUUUAAAACGACAGCCUAUUACUACAAGACAUAUAAACACAGGACAUACAUUUCCAUAUAUUAAAAAAUAAAUGAGUAUUAUAUAAAAAAACACUCAUAAUUUAGAAUUUAAUGUUUAAUAUUAUUAUUAUUAUACAUAGUUGUAAUAUAUGUAUAAUCAAUUUUUUUUAUUAAUAUUCACGGGGUUUUUGAAUGAAAUUUGAACUGAAGGGUUUUCUAAAAGGUUUUAUUUAGUUUGACGUGAAACAACGCUUUCGUU